AUGUAUACCCAAUGUGGUCGCUGCGUCCAUGCUUUUGAAGAUCUUUCUGCCAACGUCGUCAAUAUUACUAUUAUUACUACAGUCGAUGCUAAAAGUAAUUAUGCUACUGUUGUUGCGGCUGUUGCUGCUCGCGAAUCGCGCCAAUAUUGGAUGUUGGAGGCCAGACUUGAUAGGUCAGAUGGGCAUUUAAAGGGUGAGGGUGAGGGUGAGGCUAGUGGGAUGGAGAUGGUGUGUCUGCCACGAGCUGCAGUUGUCACGAGGCACGUUGUUUUUUAUAAUUGCUGGAAUGGAGAAAAUGUACUGGCUGUAGCAUUGGACUUCUGUCCCCACUCUCUUUUGUCAGAACCCCCAUCCCCCCAACCCCCUCGGACCCUCCCCCAGAGACAUUCCGCCUCUUCCUUUCUUCAGUCCCCUCUUUAA